UUCAAGGAAAACGACCCAACAUUAUACCAUUUUAUAUUAGUUAAUAUACAACAACUGGCGGAUCCAUAUAGAAUGCAAAAUAAGGUGUAGACUGGAUUAGGAAAUGAGAGGGACGAAAAGUUUUUCACCUUUUUCACGUCUUUCCUUUUCUACUUGUCCGCAUAAAAAAAGCAGCCAAGACAGUGCGAUCGAUCGAUCGAUCGAGAGAGUCGAGAGAGGGCGAUUGAGAUAGAGAUCGGAAACGAUAGAGAUGGAGAGGGCCUUCUCAUUGGAAGAGAUCAUUGAAUCCUUCUGGGUUUCCUCCCCCAUACCCAUGCCGUCGGGGAUUCCUCUGCAAGGAGGAGGAGGAGGAGCAGCUGGGGAAGGAGGCGUCAUCAACAUGAAUGCCUCGGAGUGGUGUGUCGAUAAGUUCCUCGAGGUCGUCGACGGGUGCAAUGCUGAUCCAGCAGCGGCUUCCCCCCACGACCGUAGCCUUAGCGUCAGUCGCAAUUAUGGCAGUAAUCUUGCCCCCAAUUCCGGCGCUCCCUCCUCCUACGUGGUGGCGAACGUUUGCGGUAGUAGGGGAGACUUGGGACGAGUUGGGUACCAUGAGUUGGGGGAAAUGAAGGCACCUGUCACGCCACAGCCCUCAAAUCCUGCGGAAUUGGUUGACCCGGAGGAGCACCAGGCGCUUCUCAAGAAAAAGCUGGACAUUGUUUGUGCUGCCGUUGCCAUGUCUUGGGGUUCAAGUGUGAAUACGCAGGAUUAUGCUUCUGUUGCUGACAGUAGGUCGCCUAUUUCAGAUGUUACACGGCCUGGUUCUCAAGUGCACACAAUUGUUACCCAAGGGAAGCAGGCUACAAGCAAUUCAUCAGGGGAGCAGUUAGAUGAGGUUGAUGAACUUGAAGGAGAAGCAGAGACCAACAACAUUGGCCCUUCAGAUAAACGCAUGAGGAGAAUGCUUUCAAACAGAGAAUCAGCAAGACGAUCAAGGAGAAGAAAGCAAGAACAUAUGAGUGAGCUCGAAGCACAGGUCUCACAAUUAAGAAUUGAACACUCAUCACUGUUGAAUCGUCUAACUGACAUUAAUAAGAAGUAUAGUGAUGCUUCGGUUAAUAAUAGAAUACUAAAAGCAGAUUUGGAGACUGUUAGAGCCAAGGUGAAAAUGGCAGAAGAAUCUUUAAAGAGGGCAACUGGGGUGAAGCCUUUAUACUCGGUCAUCUCUGACAUGUCAAGUAUCGAUUUUCCCUUCACUCCGAGCAUGUCUAAUCCAACCCCCAACAUGGUACUUCCUUUCCAAGAAGGGACGAAUCACUUCUUCCACGCCUCGAUGCAUGUCCAAGAUGUUCCUCAUGGGCCUGAGUUUUAGAGCCACGUGAAUCUUUUAAAAACAAAAGGAAAAGAAAAGGAAGAUGCAUUUGUAUACGAGUAUACCAGAUCACCUGCAAUGUACUCUAUACAAAAUGGGCACAUCCACAUGUUGAAGUAUAAGCUUUUACAUAACUCAUACUUGAGACUAAUAAAUAUGCCACUCAAACAUUUUUACCAUGGUAGCUAGUGAACAUUUCUUCUA